UAACUUUUGGGAAGCUGUAUCUGAAGUUAUUGCCUAUUAGCUAAUUCCUGCUGUUGCAUAUUGACUUAUUUAUAAUACCAAUGGCUCAGUCCAAUAUUACAACCACACUGGAACCUUUUCGGAAGGGUUGUUCAUUCAGUGAUUGGGUGGACAGACUCAGAUUUUUUUUUAACAUGAAUAAGGUUCCCGAUGACGCCAAAAGGGAUCAUUUCAUUACUUUAAGUGGUCCGGUGAUCUUCCGAGAACUCAAGCUGUUGUAUCCUAACACGGAUUUAGCACAAAUUGACUACACUGAAAUGGUUUCCAAAUUGAAAGCUAGACUAGAUAAGACGGAAUCAGAUUUGGUACAGCGCCUAAAAUUCAAUGUUAGAAUGCAACAGCCAGAUGAGUCAUUGGAGGAUUUUGUAUUAUCAGUCAAACUUCAGGCUGAAUUUUGCAACUUCGAGAACUUUAAAGAAAUGGCCGUUAGAGAUCGUAUAGUCGCUGGGAUUCGUGACAAGGCACUCCAGCAGAGACUUCUCAAUGAAGAGAAACUUAGCUUGGAGAGUGCUGAGAAAUUAAUAGCUACUUGGGAGAUUGCAAGAAAUAAUGCCAUAAAUAUGGAUUUUAAUAGUGGGCUCGAUCAAAUAGCUGCACUUAAAGCUAACGGGGGAUCUGGAACAAGAUUGCAAAGACUAGCAGCUACUAUGGAAUUAGCAUCUAGAUCGCUACAAAAUGAAGGCCGGGUUGAACGUGGCUCAGUUAAAAGCAGAUUAGGUUAUUCACCGUAUAAAAAGGAUCAAUGGCGCAACAGGCAAUGGCGCACAAACAAUGGACAAAGCAGGCAAUCGGACAAUAGGCGAUGGAACGAUGGAAUGCAGAUGAAUGACGAAGGUCCUCGACGAUGGAAAAGUCCUGAUUAUUCUCAAAUGGUGUGUGAUUUCUGCAAAGUAAAGGGUCAUAUUAAGCGCAAAUGCUUUAAAUUGAAAAACAUGAAGAGGGAUGCGGUAAACAAGAUGAAUUCAAAUGAAUCAGGCGACAAUCCGGAACUAUAUUUGAGUGAAUUGGUCAACAGAAUGCGCACUGAGUCGGACAGCGAGAGUGAAGUAGAGGAUUCUAAUUGGAAACGCGUUAACCAUGGCCCAUCGAAAUCAACUACGUUUGAGUAAGGAACGAAACCCUUUCGACGGUCCAAUAAUACAAUGGAGCAGGCAACAGCCGCAGCAAGCGAGAAGUCCUAGUUGUGACGAAUUUCAUGGAUUUACGGAAGCAGAAUUGAAAAGAGGAAAGAAGCGUAAAUACGCUGUGGAGGGUAAUGAAAUGCCUGUAGGCUCACCGAUCAGGCGAUCGAAAAGGUUGAAAAGGACGAGAAAGAUAGAUGAUAAUUUUGUAUACUCAAGUUAAAAUAAUGUGAAAUUGAUCACGUUCGAAUUAAUUAUAAUUUUAAUAAUGUACCCUUGAAUUAAAAAUAAUUUUGAAAUUUACUAAAAUACAGUUAUAAGAAUCUUUCUAAAUGGGAAGAGCUGAAGUAUAUAGAUUUAGUGUGUGGGCGAAAGCUCAGUCGAUUAUCGGGCGAAACCCGUUAAACGGUAGAAAUAUGAUACCAUACGUAUGUGUAGAAGCUAGAACGACGAGAAUAAAAAUGAGAUGAGUUAGUUCAUUUGGA